AUGGCCGACCACGAGGAAGACGUCGAGAUUGAGCAGGACGAUGAGCUGCAAAAGUUCUUAGGCACCGCGAGCUUUGGGAAGCAGUCGCGAGAGGCCAAUAUACAGAGACAGAUUGAUCAGAGCAAGCGAUCUGCCGCGAGAAGUGAGCCAGCACCUGCGAAUGGUGGUGCGCAAGAUGACGAUGAAGAGAAGGGCUCCAGCACAGACGACGAUUCGGACGACGACGACGAUGAUGAUUCGGACGAUGAGGACGAGUUCCCAGUAUCGCAUGAAAUGAUCUUAAAGACACACGAGCGAGCCAUAUCAGCCGCGACACUGGAUCCUUCUGGCGCACGACUGAUCACUGGCUCUAUGGACUGCACACUCAAGUUCCACGACUUCUCAUCCAUGACACCUACCACAAUACGAGCUUUCAAAUCCGUCGAUCCAAACGAGUCGAAGAGCUCCGCCAAUGUCGAGAGCCAUCCGGUACAUCAGGUCAUCUUCAAUCCGCUGUCUGCCAGUCAUGUCUUGGUUGCGACUGCCCAUCCACAAGCGAAGAUCAUGUCAAGAGAUGGAGAGAUCUUGACAACGUUUGUCAAGGGUGAUAUGUAUCUGCGGGACAUGCACAAUACCAAGGGUCACAUCUCAGAGGUCACGACUGCGGCAUGGCACCCUACCGAUCGGACCCUGUGCGUGACAGCAGGUACCGACAGCACACUGCGGAUAUGGGAUGUGAACAACCCGAGGUCACAAAAGGAGGUCAUUGUGCACAAGUCGAGAGCUGCUGGCUCAGCAGGAAGGACGAGGAUGUCGGCCGUGGUGUGGGGAUCACCUAUGCAGCGAGGUAACAAUGUCCUUGUGGGUGCUGCGUACGACGGAAGUCUGGUCAUGUGGAGUGGUGAAGGGCCAUACAGCAGACCUGCUGCAGAAAUCAGAGACGCUCAUACACGAGACACGUGGACCAGCGGCCUCGAUAUCAGUGCAGAUGGCAGGCUGGUCAUCACGCGAGGAGGAGAUGACACCAUUAAGCUGUGGGAUACUCGCAAGUUCAAGACACCAGUCACGACAGUCGCACAUCCGUCCACCUCCUCGCAAUACUCAACAACCAACAUCCAAUUCUCCCCCAACUCCGCCAACAUCAUCACCGGCUCCGAGACAGGCCACCUCCACAUCCUCAACCCAGCUACCCUCCGCCCCGAACUCAUCACACCAGUAACCCCCGGCUCCCCCCUCAUCACCGUCAACUGGCACCCCAAGCUCAACCAAAUCAUCACCGGCUCCGCCAACGCCUCAAUCCACAUCCUCUACAACCCCACCACCUCCCACAACGGCGCCAAAACCGUCAUGUCCCGCGCCCCCAAACGCCGCCACAUCGACGACGACCCCAACUUCACUACCGACAUGGCCCACGGCAUCUCCGGUGACGCCAUCAUCACCCCCGGCGGCUCCGUCCCCAACACUGCCUCGUUCGCCUCCCGCCAUCCUACCGUUGGUCUGACAGCUUCUGGCCGCAGCAGGGAUUUGAGAAGGCCCCAUGUACCGCAGGUCACGCCGUUUGCAAAGGGGAAUCCGGACGAGAAGUAUGUCAAGGAGAAUAUUGCGCUGAGUAGUCUGAGGGAUGAGGAUCCGAGGGAGGCGCUGUUGAGGUAUGCGGAUAAGGCGGAGAAGGAUCCGAUGUUCACGAAUGCGUGGAAGACGACGCAGCCGAAGACGAUUUAUAGGGAGGUUAGUGAUGAUGAGGAUGAUGGAGAGGAGGGUGGGGCGAGGAAGAAGCAGAAGCAGUAG